CUUUCCUAAAGAUGAGAUUAGAAGACAGCUAUGGUCUUCCAAACUAAGACGAGAGAAUUUCCCAGUAUCGGAUAGCACAAGAAUAUGUUCUAAGCAUUUUACACUAGACUACUUUGAUACAGAGAGAUUUGGUGGCACAUGGCUAAAGAAAAGUGCAGUGCCAACUAUAUUUGAUUUUCCUAGCCACUUGCAACCGAAAGCAAACAACAGGAAAACUGCAAUUAAAAGAUCUGCUGAUAUUGUUUUGUCGAAUCCUGAAUCAAGUAAGAAACGUAAACAUUACAUUGGAGAUUUUAAUGAUGAAGACAUGACUUCUCCAAGUAAAGCUUGCCAAGUUUUGAAUAUGGCUAAGAAUCAGUCGGAAAUCCAUCGGAAAAAAUUGAAGUCUAUGACAGAGAAAUCUAAGAGAUUGAAGAAAAAAGUUGCUUCUCUUCAAGAAAUAUUGACAGAGGUGAAGAAAAAGGCUUUGAUUUCACAAUCUGCUGGUGAUAUUUUAGAGCUUAACAACAUAACAUUAACAACAUGCUAA